AUUGUCUCGAAUAUCACUCUCUACAUCAUAUUAAAAGCCUUUAAAACGGUUAUUCACCUUUUCGAUAACUGUUAGUAUGAUGUAGAGAGGGAUACAGCACGGCGCUGUGGCUCUACUGAAAAAAAAAAAAACUAUUUUCCUUGGUAAACACAAAAGUGUCCCCUAGGAGUGCAAAUGAAAUGCAAAAUUCUGAUGACACUUGAAGGAUACCCUACCUACAUAAAACAGCUCAUGUGUUAAACCCAGCUUCAUCUAAACAAACCAUUUUUAAUAAAAAUAUACUUUCUUAGUAGUAUGUGCAAUUGGGUAAUCUUAAAUUGAAAAUUGCCAUUUUAAAUACUGUAGGCUGAACACUGGGAUCAUAUGAUUUGUGGUACACCCAAACAAACCAAGGGCACACAUACUGUACAUACAGUAUUGGGUCAUAUCAGUCAAUUAACUGGUACAAUUCUGCUGCUCCGACAUUUCUUCUUGUUACAGAGGAUUUAGGGCUGGUAUUUGUCCCAAACAGGCUACAUUAAAUGGUAAUCACAGCAUGUGGCUGCUGUAUCAGACUGUAGAUACAAGAACACUUUUACUAUAAAGCUCUAUUCUACAGUAUAUACUAAAUGGGAGCCUGCAGUGAAGGGCUUAUAAAGUAUAUGCAGUGCCUCUGACAUUGCAGCUGUGGGCUGUCCAAGAUAAAAAAAAAAAUAUAUGGAGCUUAAUGAACAGUUUAAGAGAAAUGUUACUGUAGUUGGGCUAAUUCUGGCCUGGUUCUGUAAACCCUAUGCACUAUAAUCAUCAUUUCUAGCCUCAUCCUAAGGUGACCAGGAGUAGAGUGCUGGAGAGUGUGUUUCAUGUAAUAUAAAGGCUGAAGACGACGGAAAUGCAGGCUCUGUAGCUGGUUUACAUUGGAAUAAACCUGGGACAAUCUGCAUACCCUCUCUCAGGUAUGUGAAUAUAAUCUGCUCAACCUCCAAUACUUGAACCAGCAACAGAGUAAUUGCUGCUCCAUUGUCAAGUGAGAAGUUCCCCCUUGGUUAGUGAGUCCAGUCUCCUUCCAAAACGUACCCAUGUGCAGAGCUCUGAUUACUUGUCCUUCCAUAGUCAAGCAGGAACCCACCACUGGUUAACUGACUCCAAUCUCCAAGUAGUAGUUAACCAAGUACCAAGUGCUGAUUCUUGACUUCCUACUUUUGGGCUGUUUACUUACCCAUGGUCAGACAGGAACCACCCACUGGGUAACUGAAUCUGAUAUCCUUCCGAUGCUUACCCAGGUACAGAGCUCUGAUUAUCUUUACCUCAAUAGUAAAUAUAGUAACCCACCACUGGUUAAGUAACUCUAACCUCUCACUAGUACUUAAUAAUGUAGCAAACUCUGAUUCUUCACUGGCUGCUCUCUUUCCCAGUACCACCUACUGUGUACCCACUAUGGGUCAGGUUAAGCAGAAACUUAAAGACUGCAUAUUCUGCAGCACAUGAGUGUGAGCUGCCAUACUCUUCUUGAAAAAUACAGUGGAACCGUAGUGGUUGUAAAUUCAUUGGUGAAAGUCCAUUAAAAAAUUCCUGUUUUUUUUUUUCUCCAAUGAUAAAUGACUGUCCUCUUCCCCAACAAAAUAUGCAACAAUAUGCGCUGUGCUGUAUAAACGUCUGCAAGGAAAAGUGUUAAUGAGCUGAAAGACAAAACCUUCCUACCAACCUACUAUCUUUGUUGUCUGUCCAACCUUAUGCAUUACCAUGUUAUUCCAUCAGGGGGAGACUGAGACACAAGCCAGUGCCAGACAUUGGUCCCUCUGGAUGUGAAGCUGCUGAUGUGAUUUAUCUGCUGGUUUGGCAGCAACAGAUUAACCUUCCUCCACCCGCUCUCUCAUUCCCUGUGGCUACCAAUCAGCUGCCCAUCCUCUCUUCCCGCCAGUGAUGCCCAUGCCACACAUGCUGCACUGGCACAGAAUCCACCUAUAAUCAGCAGCCUGCUAUCUACCUGCCAAUGGAGAAGGAACGUGCACCCUCAAAGCAGUAUGGAUCCUUGGAAUCCACAAAGUGGAACCCCACAGCACCAGCCACAGGUGAAGACGUCAUCUCAAUGGCUGAUUCCACAACCACCAUUGAUGAUAUUGAGGACGAGCUGGUUAAGAUCGAGAGAAUUCGGGAGAUCCUAGUGAGGAGAGAGUCAGAGCUCAGAUACAUGUUGGAUGAUUUCCAGCUAUGUAAAGAGAUUACCAUCCUAAAGAAACAGUUACAGGCCCUGGUUUCUAUUCCUGAGAAGGACAAGACCCGGGAAGACCGUAAGAAGGAAGAGCAGCUCCUGCAGCACAUUAACAAACUGGUGGAGACAAGAGAUUUUAUGGUAGAUGAUGUGGAGCUUGAGAGAUUAAGGGAGAGGGAAGAGGAUAAGGACAUGGAGGAAUUUCUUCAAAGAAAAUUAUCCAAAAGCUUUCUAAAGAAGGCAGUCUUCAGAAAGGAAAAGCCAAUGGCAGCUCCCUCCCGACAAACCUCUGCACCGUUGGUCAGCAGGACAGGUCUGACACUGAUAAAGGACUGCUGUGGAUUCAACUGCUCUGUUAUGUGAGCACAAAGAAUGAAAGCCAAUAUGGCCACGCUGGUGAUUCUGAUUGACCAGCACUGGGGCAAAGUGUUGAAGCAUCUCUGCCAGCAGCCAUUCUGUGCUUCCUUGGCACAAGCACCAAAGGGCACAGCUGGGCAGUCUCACUGUGACAAACUCACUGAAUUUACAUCAUUUAUGGAGGACAUUGAAGCAAGAAAGACUUCAGCAACUUAAUCAUAUCGGACCUGCUAAGCAGAAUGAAAUUCAAUCUCUAUGGCAGAAAUUCUCCUCAGUUAGCAUUGCUGAUUUAUAACGCAUAGCAUCCUGUCCAGGAUCUGCGGAAGACUUGAAAUUUCUGUUCUUGUUUCUUUUCUUGUUACAGACGGAUAGACAGACUGCUGGGACAUUUUGGCUCUGUAUAAAUGUUCAGUUUAUAUUAUUUUGGUGUGUCCUUCAUAUAGGUUUUGUUCUCCUUCUGCCUUAAUCCAGUCGUUCAUAGUGUGGUGAAAGGGGACACAAACCCAAAUGAAAUGUUGACUAAUGAAAGGAAAAUAGAAUUCUAAGCAACUUACCAAUAUCAAUUCAUUCUUCAUUGUCAUUUGGGUUUAAAGUUAUUUGUAAAUGCCAUGUUGUUGAACUGUACUGCAUAUGCACUUGGUUUCAACAGCUACAAAGGACCACAAUGACCUUUCUGAAGAUGACAGGAGGGAAAUGGAAGAUAUGUUACCCCAAUACAAAUGUUUAGUGACAAUCAGCACCAGCCUGUGGUUUAAUGUUCACAAUUGCAAUCUGCAAAUAUAUUGGUUACCCCCCUGUGAUUUACACUAUAAUUUCUUUUAUACCCUGUCAGAAUGAGGAAUGAAUAUAUGUUGGAAAAUUGCAUAGAAUUCUAUGUUCCUGCAUUAUGCAAAAUGUGAUUUUUGGAUUAACCCCCCUUUAAAUACAUCUUUACUUGGGGAUGUUA